AGCGCGGCUUCCGGGGUCACGUGUAAGCAAGAUGGCCGCGGCCAAGAGGAAGCGUGGUGGUGCUGCGACCCGGCCGAGGAAACGAGCCAAAGGGGCUCCGAACGGGACCGGGCUGCCGGCCAAGCCAAGCCCGCAGGGAGAGGAGAGGGAGGAGCACAGCAUCCCGGCUCCCGUCUCCAAGGGUAAAUGGAAAAAUAAAGAGCGGGUGCUUAUUUUCUCUUCUAGAGGAAUAAAUUUCAGAACGAGACAUCUAAUGCAUGACUUGCGAACAUUGAUGCCCCACUCUAAAGCAGAUUUGGAAGGUUUACGAAAAGAUUCAUGGAGCUUUGUUAAUAGCUAAUUUGCCAUAUGCCUUCUUUUUAUAUAGAUUUGUGAAAUAAAAAACUGUAAUAAGUGCAUAUUUUUUGAAGCCAAAAAGAAACAGGAUCUCUACAUGUGGCUUUCAAAUUCACCUCAAGGACCAUCAGCCAAAUUUUUAGUACAGAAUAUUCAUACCCUGGCAGAACUGAAGAUGACUGGAAACUGCCUGAGAGGCUCACGACCUCUUCUGUCCUUUGAUCCGGUGUUUGAUCAAGAGCCACACUAUGCUCUGUUAAAAGAGUUGUUUAUUCAGAUUUUUAGUACACCACAAUAUCACCCCAAAAGCCAGCCUUUUGUAGAUCAUGUAUUCACGUUCUCCAUCACAGACAACAGGAUCUGGUUUCGAAACUAUCAGAUCAUGGAAGAAGAUGCAUCUCUUGUAGAAAUUGGACCUCGUUUUGUUUUAAAUCUCAUCAAGAUUUUCCAGGGCAGCUUUGGAGGACCAACUCUACAUGAGAAUCCACAUUACCAGUCUCCAAACAUGCAUCGGCGGAUGACAAGAUUGGCUAUAGCUGCUAAAUUCAGAGAAAAACAUCAAGUGAAAGACCUGCAGAAACUUAGGAAAAAAGAAGAAAAGACAAUUAUUCCAGAAGAUCCUACUGAAACUGUCUUUGACACUCCAGCAGAAGAAAAGCCAUUGGAAAUAGUGUUGGUGAAACCUGAGCUAAAAGUCAAUUUGAAAAAGAGAAAGAAAUUAUUUCAACGACAAAGGAAGAGGCAAAAAAAAAAUGUCCAGGGUGGGAGUGUAAAAUGUUAAGUGGAAAAAAAUGAAGCAAACUUCAAAUGUCAUCUGUUAGCCUUGCAUACUUAGCUCUGAAAUAUAGCUAACAACCUACCUUGUAUAUGAUCUUAUCUCUCAAUUUUUUAAAAGUCAGCAGCUGCUUGCCACCAGCUUUGAGUAAAUGAAAAAUCAGAUGUGGAUUUCUUCUGCUCUAGGACUCAUCUUAUCUCACUGUUUUUUAAAUAAAAUUGGUUGGUAUUUUUGUUGUA